AUGCCACCAAAAAGACGUGCUGCAAAAGCAAAGACAGCAGCUACUCCAGCUAAACGUAAAGCAUCGCCUGCUAAAACCCCUGCAUCUAAACGAGCAAAGAAACAGGUUGUUGAAGAAGAAGAAGAAGAAGAAGAAACAACUGUAGCCGAUGAAGUUGAAGAAGAAGAACAACCAAAAACUGAAGAAGAAGCUUCAUCAAAAUCUGAUAUAAUAAAACAAUUACGUGCUGCUGAUGCAAAUAAAACAAAACCAAAAAAACAUUCAGCAGAUAAAAACAUACCUGGUUCGAUUAGUUAUGAAGUUAUCGAUGAUUAUGAUGCUAUGCUUAAUCAAACAAAUAUUGGUGCAAAUAAUAAUAAAUAUUAUGUAGUUCAAGCGUUGAAACAAGGUGGCAAUUAUUAUACAUGGACUCGAUGGGGUCGUGUGGGUGAAUCUGGUCAAAAUCAAAUGUUGGGUCCAUUUUCAUCAAGUGAUGCAGCUAUUAAACAAUUUAAAAGUAAAUUCAAAGAUAAAACUCGAAAUGAUUGGGAUAAACGUGAUCAAUUUAAAAAAGUUACUGGUAAAUAUGAUUUAAUUGAUGUUGCUGAUGAUGGUGAAGAAGAAGAUGAAAAUGAACAAGGAAAAUUAUCUACAAAUAAACCAACAACAAUUGAAGAUAAAGAUGGUACAGUUUAUGCAGCAAGUAAACUUCAUUUAGCAACACAAUCAUUAAUUCGACUUAUAUUUGAUACGGAUAUGUUUAAAGACGCAUUAAAAACAUAUGAUAUUGAUGUUAAAAAAAUGCCAUUAGGAAAAUUAAGUAAAAGUCAAAUAGCAAAAGGUUUUGAAAUCUUAGAAGAACUUGAAGCUGUUAUGGAAAAUAAAAAGAAAGGUUCAUAUGAUGAAAUAUCAUCAAAAUUUUAUACCGUUAUUCCUCAUGAUUUUGGACGUGUACGACCUAAACCAAUUAACAAUCGUGAAGCUUUACAACAAAAAUAUGAUAUGCUUGCAGUUUUAGCUGAUAUUGAAUUAGCUCAAAGUAUUCAAAAGAAUAAAGAUGAUGAAGCAACAACAAAGAAAAAAGCUGAACAAGCUAAACCACAUCCAUAUGAUGUUAAUUAUGAUUUAUUAAAAUGUUCACUUGAACAUGUUGAUGCUAAUAGCGAUGAAUUUAAAACUAUUAAAAAAUAUACAGAAAAUACACAAGGAUAUCGUAAAUGUAAAAUUAUUGAUGUAUGGCGUGUUGGUCGUGAUGGAGACAGUGAACGUUUUGCAGCACAUGAUAAAAUUGAAAAUCGAAAAUUACUUUGGCAUGGUACCAAUGUUGCUGUUGUUGUUGCUAUACUCAAAUCUGGUCUUCGUAUCAUGCCUCAUUCAGGUGGUCGAGUUGGUAAAGGAAUAUAUUUUGCUUCAGAAAAUGGCAAAAGUAGUGGAUAUGUUGGUGUAACACAAGAUCAAGGCAAACAAAUUGGUAUUAUGUUUUUGAAUGAAGUAGCUUUGGGUAAAGAACAUUCAAUUACAGUGGAUGAUUCAUCAUUAAAAAAACCACCAGCAAAUUUUGAUUCUGUUGUUGCUCGUGGUCAAACAGAACCAGAUCCAAAAGAUGAUGCAGAAUUAACAAUUGAUGGUAAAAAAAUUACUGUACCAACUGGUAAACCAAUUCGAACAACAUAUAGCUCAUCAAGUUUUGCGCAAUCAGAAUAUUUGAUUUAUCAAGAGAAUCAAUGUCGUAUUCGUUAUUUACUUAAAAUGCAAUUUUAA